AUGGGUGCCAUGCAUGAUCUGGACACCCACCAUGAUGACCACAAGGAGGGCACCGCCUUCGAGAUGGACGAUGUCACAAAGGAUCCCAAGGCCGUCGAGGAGUUCAACGAGGCUGCCAUGGACGCCGAGCUCCAGCAGCUCGAGGUGCAGCUGCGGGAGAUGAAGCCCUCCCGCUUCGGGGGUUUCUCCAACCCCUCCCUCUACACCUACGUCCUGGUUGCCUUCGCCUCCAUGGGUGGUCUCCUCUCGGGUCUGGACCAGUCCCUCAUUAGUGGUGCCAACCUGUACCUGCCCGAGGCCUUGAGCCUGUCCGACAACCAAAGUAGUCUGGUGGAUGCCGGUAUGCCUCUGGGUGCCGUGGCUGGUGCCCUAAUUCUCUCCCCCUCCAACGAGUACCUGGGCCGUCGCAUGGCUAUCAUCCUCGCUUGCGUUCUAUACACCAUCGGGGCGGGCUUGGAAGCCGGCGCCAUCAACUUUGGCAUGAUCUUCGCCGGUCGUUUCAUCCUCGGUAUCGGUGUCGGUCUGGAGGGAGGUACCGUCCCUGUCUAUGUAGCCGAGUGUGUCCCUGGCAAGAUGCGUGGUAACUUGGUCUCCUUGUACCAGCUGAACAUUGCGCUCGGUGAAGUCCUGGGUUAUGCCGUGGCCGCUAUUUUCCUCGACGUCGAGGGCAACUGGCGCUACAUUCUUGGAUCUUCCCUGGUCUUCUCCACCAUCCUCUUCGUGGGCAUGCUCUUCCUGCCUGAGAGCCCCCGUUACCUCAUGCACAAGGACCGGCCCGUGGAGGCGUACGGCGUCUGGAAGCGCAUCCGCGGCUUCGAUUCCUACGAGGCCAAGGACGAGUUCCUCGGCAUGCGCCAGGCGGUCUCUGCUGAGAACGAAGAACAAGCCCGGACCAAGAAAUACGCCUGGAUGGACUUCUUCACCGUGCCCCGCGCUCGCCGUGCCAUGGUUUACGCCAACAUCAUGAUCUUCCUCGGCCAGUUCACCGGUAUCAACUCCAUCAUGUACUACAUGAGCACGCUCAUGGAGAACAUCGGCUUCUCGGCCCGUGACAGUGUCUUUAUGUCCUUGGUCGGUGGUGGUUCGUUGCUGGUCGGCACUAUCCCGGCGGUGAUGUACAUGGAGCGAUUCGGACGGCGGUACUGGGCCAACGCGAUGCUCCCGGGUUUCUUCAUCGGUCUGGUCCUGGUCGGCAUCGGCUUCCAAAUCAACUACGAGACCCACCCGAUGGCCGCCCAGGGUGUCUACCUGACCGGUAUCAUCAUGUACCAGGCCUUCUUCGGCUCCUACGCGUGCCUGACCUGGGUCGUUCCCUCCGAAGUCUUCCCCACCUACCUGCGUAGUUACGGUAUGACGACCGCGGACGCCAACCUGUUCCUGUGCUCCUUCAUCGUCACCUACAACUUCACCCGCAUGAUGAACUCCAUGACCCGGAUCGGCCUGUCACUCGGCUUCUACGGCGGCAUCGCUGUCCUCGGCUGGAUUUACCAGAUCAUCUUCAUGCCCGAGACCAAGAACAAGUCCCUCGAGGAGAUCGAUGAGCUCUUCUCCCGCCCCACCUCCGCCAUCGUCAAGGAGAACCUCAAGACCACCGGCGAAGUCAUCAACGAUCUGGCUCACUUCCGCUUCAAGAAGGUGUUUUCGCCUCCGCCGAAGACCGAUUAG